AUGACUCAGCCCAACGAUGCUUUCUCAGAAAGCAUCGGCAAUAUCACAGGUCUCCUCAACUCCAGCAUCGCCGAUAUCGAUAUACUACUCAACAAGGAAGCCAAAGAACCAAUCCGAACAACACCAACAGAACGCGAAGCACAUGCAGCGAAAGCAGCCGAUUUCGAAGAUGCCCUCCAACGCAUCAAAAGCCUUGAAGGGAGCCUGCGUUAUUAUCGAGAUGAUAGUGUGACGGUCCGAAAAGCAUUUGAUAACCUGAAAAAGGAUUAUCAAAACAUGAGGGCAGACACAGGCUCAAACUUGGGAUCUGGAUGGGGAUCGAAGCAAGAGGGACAUAGGGAUGAGAUUCGGAAAUUGAAGGAAUCGCUGGAGGACUUGCGGACAAAAUCUGGGAAUCUGGAGAAAGAGCAUCAGAAGUGCAGCACCGAAUCUGCAAGCCAAACGAAGGAUACCACUACGCCGGAUGGACAACAGGAAACCGCAGAUUUGAGAGCUGAGGAGCAUAAGGAGGAGGUUCGCACAUUGAAGGAGUCGCUGGGCGCUCUACAAAUAAAAUAUAGGAAUCUGGAGAAAAACCAUAAGAGCUGUAUCAGCGAACUUGAAAGCAAGAACUUGGCCGCAGAAGAUGAAAGGUUGACGGAGCAGACCGACGUGCUUCUGUCUAAGUCAAGCAUGAACACAAAGCACAACUUCUUCGACGAAGAACUGAUCACAGACAACAUCGUGCGUAUUUAUGACGACAUUCAAACUCGAAUUCAACGCAUUGUAAGGAAGUUCUACUACCCGGAUCCGAGUGUGCAAUUUGUACCGAGCACACCAGAUCCGUACAAUCUCAGUGGAGCGGGCGGAAGAGCACAGCGCAUGUAUCAUGACCUCUGGUUACGGGGACCAGAUGCUACUGGUAUCAUAAAUCGUGCAAGGGGCAUAAUCUUCCAGUACAUUUCUGAAGUUCUCUUGAGCCAACGCACGUAUGAUCUUCAUGAUCUUGAGCGAGUCACACAGCACACAGGUCUCGAGCACGGAUUGCGUUUGUUCGAACAUCAUCUCAUGAAUUCAGAUGACAAGGACCAAGUUCGUACCAAUCAUUGGCGCCUUCUGACAAUGAAUUUUGCAAAGCAAAUCAAGAUUGAACACUCACAAGCCAACAACUAUGCACUUUCAGGAGCACCUUUAGCCUGGGUCGAUGAGUCAGCCAACCAGCUGAAAGCAAUCAUGGAUUUGACCUCAAUUGACUACACCAAGAUCAAACAAGCGAAAGACUGCGAUGAAAGCUACCGGGAACUAAAAAAUGUCUGUGAGAUUGCUUACCAUUUCGCGAUUCUGCUGAGGCGAAGUGAGCACUCGAUGAGAAUUGAGAUACCAAAGGUUGGCGAUCAGGUGCGGGAGUCAGACCAUAUUAUGGUUAGUCGAGAAGCUCUGUUGGCUCGUCAUGAUGGUCCUGGAAUACAAUGUGCUGUGUCUGGAACGCUUGUUACUUAUGUUUUCCCGAGCUGGAGACGGCUUGUGAAUCAAGAAGCUAAAGUCGUCGUUUGA